AUGGAGUGCACAAUCAUGUCUAGUUUAUUAAAUCAUUGGGGAAGAAUUCGUAUCUUUAAAAGUUUUAUGACUAAACUUAGAUACUAUCUGAUUUUUAUUUGUGGCUAGCAACAGCUUAAGAAUGGGAUAUUUCCUAAUUAGAAAGUUUUACUCAAGUAUAUUGAGAAUGAUGGCUAAUAUCAAUUUUUAGAGCUCCUUAGUGACAUUAAAAAUGAGUUGAUAAAACCAGAUAAUUUUACUAUUUACGAUUUUAAGUAAGAAAUGACAAGCAAAGCACUUAUUAACUAUUAUAUGGCAUCAUUAGUAGAUCCUAUUUACGAGUAACUAUUGCUGAAAAAAGAUGAGAAUGAUAUGGCUCAAAUAAUAAUGGAUAAGGAAUACGAAAAGGAAAUAAAUUAAAAAGCCAAUUCACUUAAGUAAAAAUCAUUAAUGGCCUAAAUGAUUCUUGGAUUCAGAUUUAAGUACGGAUUAGGAGUACCUAAUAAAUGUAAAACAAGUUCAUUGUACUAUGAAAAGGCUGCUAUGUAGUCGAUAUAAUAUGUUGAAUAAACAUAUGGGCUAGAUAUAGUUGAAAGGAAGAAGUUGAGUAUAGGUCCUCAUGUCCUUCAAGAUAAGGUUUAAUUAGCAGAUUAAUCAGAGGAUUAGUCUUAUAAUGAUAUGAUAGAUUUACUUGAUCUCAAGGGCUAAUACGGUAAUGUAGAGAGCUUAUCAGUGCUUGCCAUCUAGCAUGUUCAUGGAACAAAGAGAAUAAAAAGAGAUUUUUUAUAGGCCAGAAGAUCAUUUGAAAAAGCACUUAGUAUAGAUUUUAAUGAUAAGGAUUCAAAUUAUUAUAUGGGGCUAAUGAAUUUGCAUGGAUUAGGAGCUUAUGCUAAUGUUUAAAAAGCAGUUGAAUACUUUAAGAGAGCAUAAAAUGACUCAAGAGCUCUUAAUGCAUUAGGUUAUAUCUAUUAUACUGCUCCUGAUUAUCUUGAAAUAGACCAUUCUGUUCUAAUGAAAUAUGGUAAUAUAAGAUAAAGCUUUAAAGAAGCUAAAAAUUAUUUCCUAAAAGCAGCAGAAAACGGAAACACUAAUGCCUAAUAUAAUCUAGGUUGCCUUCAUUUAAAUCCAGGAAGCAAAGAAGAAUAUAGUUUCACUUAGGCUUAUGACAGAUUUAGGUAUGCAGCUGAAAAAGGACAUACUUUCUCUGCUUAUAAUGUAGCUGUGAUGCACUUACUAGGCAUAGGCACUUUUGAAAGUUGUCAAAUAGCUCAACUUUAUUUAAAGCAUGUUGCAGAAGUUGGAUAAAACACUCUCCUUUUGAAAUCUGCAUUUAGCUUGACUAUAGAAUAAAGAUAUAAAGAAGCAGCUCUAAUCUAUAUGGAGUUAGCAGAGCAGGGACUAGCAGUUGCUUAGCUUAAUGCAGCCAUUUUAUUUGAUAAAUAUGAUGUGAUUGAUAAUGACAAGAUUUUCAUUUCAGAUGUUGCAAAAAGAGAUAAAAAAGACGAGAAAUUCAACAUUAAUAAGCAUCUCUCGCACAAAUACUAUCAAAUGGCAGGACUCUAAAUAGAUACUUAAGAUGAAGCUAACCUUAAACUAGGUGACUUUUAUUAUUAUGGAAUUGCCUGCAACUAGUCAUAUGAAAAAGCGAUUGAAAUGUACAGAUUAGUAGUUUCACAAUCUAAAGACUCAGAGUUAAGAGGGCAAGCGAUGUUUAACCUUGGAAUAAUUCAUCAUUUCGGUAUGGGGGUUGAGAUAGAUCUCGAGAUGGCCUAGAUAUACUAUGACAAAGCUAUGAAAGAGGAAUCUCAAGCUCUCACACCAGUAUAUCUGCUUAGUCUCUAUGGAAAAUGGUAAAAGUUAGAUAUGUUAGACACCAUUAAGAAGUUCAUUUCAAUACAUUCAGAUUCCCCAAGAUCUCAAAUGACUGUUUUGAUGAUGCUAAUUUGUUAUUUCUGCACGUUUGCUGGAAUGGUAAAACUAUUAAGAAGAGAUUACAAAAGGAAUCAUUGA